UUUGAGGGUAUUGUAGUUUUGCAAUGGAAAUGAAAGGGUGGUUGGUAAUAGUGAUAGUAGUUUCCAAGUUAUUGGUAAUAUCAUCAGCGGCGUUUAACCGCAGCAGUUUUGGUAAAGGGUUUGUGUUUGGAACAGCUGCGGCUUCUUAUCAGUAUGAAGGUGCCGUAAGUGUAGAUGGAAAAGGAGAAAGUAUAUGGGAUCAUUUUACUCAUAAAUUUCCAGAGAGGAUAAUAGGCGGCGCAAAUGCAGAUGUAGCUGUUGAUUUUUAUCAUCGUUAUCAGGAGGACGUGAAUAUCAUGAAGAAUAUGGGACUGGAUGCUUUCAGAUUCUCCAUCUCCUGGUCUAGAAUAUUACCUAAUGGAAAAGUAAGCGGAGGUUUUAACAAGAAGGGCAUUGAUUUCUACAACAAUCUUAUCAAUAAGCUUCAUUCGCAAGGUAUACAACCUUUUGUAACUCUAUUUCAUUGGGAUUUACCACAAGCUCUUGAAGACGAAUAUGGUGGCUUUUUAAGCCCCCUCAUUGUCGAUGAUUUUAGGAAGUACGCAGAAGUUUGCUACGAGGAAUUCGGGGAUCGAGUGAAGCAUUGGAUAACAAUAAAUGAGGCAUGGAGUUAUAGCAACACAGGCUACAAUAUGGGGUCAUUUGCACCUGGAAGAUGUUCUAAAUUCAUAAAUCCAGCAUGUGAAGCUGGAGACUCUGCAACUGAACCUUAUUUGGUUGCUCACCAUUUGUUACUUUCUCAUGCCGCAGCUGUUCAACUUUACAAGCAUAAAUACCAAGCAUGUCAAAAAGGGAAGAUUGGGAUGACGCUAGUUUCUCAUUGGAUGAAACCACUCUCCAAAACUAGAGCUGACCAUAAGGCAGCUGAAAGAGCUCUUGAUUUCAUGUAUGGAUGGUUUAUGAACCCACUAACAUAUGGAUCAUACCCAAGAAGUAUGAUUAACCUUGUUGGAAAUAGAUUGCCUAAUUUCACCAUGGAACAAUCUUUGAUGGUGAAGGGAUCUUUUGAUUUUAUUGGACUCAAUUACUAUUCUACAUUUUAUGCUUAUUCUGUGCCCUCUGCCAAUAAUUCAAUCAACAUUACUUACUCCACAGAUUCCCUUACUAAUUUAACAACUGAGCGAAACGGAAUCCCUAUUGGACCAACGGAUGGUUCAGUUUGGAUUCAUGUAUAUCCAAAAGGUCUAAGAGAUGUUCUUAUGUACACAAAGAAAAAGUACAACAAUCCAACAAUUUAUAUUACUGAGAAUGGGAUUGACCAAUUUGAUAAUGGUACCCUAACAAUUCAACAACUCCUUAAUGAUUCAAACCGGAAAAAUUAUUUCAAGCGCCAUUUAGUGUUCCUUCAAAGAGCCAUUAAGGAAGGUGUUAAAGUAAAGGGUUACUUUGCAUGGUCAUUAUUGGAUAAUUUUGAAUGGGCUGCUGGUUACACUAUGAGAUAUGGAAUCAAUUUGGUAGAUUUCAAGAAUGGCUUGAAAAGAUACCCCAAGAAAUCUGCUAUUUGGUUCAAUAACUUCUUGCAUAAAUAGAUGAAAUACCUCUCCAUCAAUAUAUUUGAAUUAAUAAAUUAUUGUUAUUUAGAAACAGAAUUGCUUUAUUAGCAAUUCUAUUAGCAUAAUGGAUACUCAAAUAAUGAGGAUCGAUGUUCAAAUUCAUGCAGUCUUGAAAUCUGCAAUUUAUGUUGUUCCAUAAUAACCAUAACAAAAUUAACAGAUUAUUUAAUUUCUCGGCCUUUCAUUAUUUGCCA